AUGGCGUCCGGCGGCCAUAUGCAUAACUUCACCACCCUCAUCAAGCGGCUCGAGGCAGCGACCUCACGCUUGGAGGACAUGGCGAUGUCAUACGAUGAUCCUAACGCGUCAAAGACCUUGGCUGGAUCUCCUGCCUCUGCCCCCACUAUUCCAGAACCCCCUAAGCCCUCCCCUCCUCCUCCCGCAGCCCCUGUGGCGGCCCCAGUUCCGCCGCAGAUUCAGGACUUCGAUGCGUUGAUUAAGGGAGAUGUUCAACACUUUGUCAACCUGGGAGAGAAGAUUGGCGGCCUGGUUGCUGAACAAUCCAAAGCCGUCCUCCAGGCCUUCCAAGCCGAACGCACCUAUCUUUUCGUUGUGACAAAGGCCAAGAAGCCCGAUACCCAGCCUCCGGAGUUAAUGACGGAUCUGCACAAAGCAUCCGAUAGCAUUAACAACAUUCGCGAAUCAAACAGAGCAUCGCCGCUAUUCAACCACCUGAGCGCUGUUGCGGAGGGCAUUGUUGCGCUCGCUUGGUUCUUCGAAAGCAAGCCUGCGGAGUUCGUCACGGACAUGAUCGGUGGCAUUGAAUACUACGGAAAUAAGGUGCUGAAGGAGUACAAGGACAAGGACAAGACGCAUGUCGAAUACAUCAAGGCCUACUAUCAAAACUUCAAGGCUCUUGCGGAGUACCUCAAGAAACACUUCCCCCAAGGUCUCACAUGGAACAAUGCAUCUGGCAUUGAUGCCUUGGAAGCUUUGAAGCAGGCCAAGGGCGGACCUACCCCCGUCAGCGGCGGCGCCCCUCCUCCUCCCCCUCCCCCUCCCCCUCCCCCUCCCCCGGUCCCAUCCCUCAACGUCCCAGGUGGCGCGCCAGCGGCAGACAUGGGCGCUGUCUUCGACCAGCUCAACCAGGGUGAGGGUAUCACCUCUACCCUCCGCAAGGUCGAUAAAUCACAGAUGACACACAAGAACCCCAGCCUGCGUGCCGGAUCAACAGUCUCAGAGUCCGAGGGCUCCAGCGCCGUGCGGGGCAAGUCGCCCGCACCUAACAAGAAGCCCAAGCCCGAAAACAUGCGCGCGCGCAAGCCACCCCGCAAGGAACUCGAGGGCAGCAAGUGGCUCAUCGAAAACUUUGAUGCUCCUGGCGAGAUCAUCGAGAUCGCCGCCCAGCAGAACCAGUCCAUCCUCAUUACCCGCUGCAACAAGACCAUCAUUAAGGUCUCAAACAAGGCUAAUGCCAUCGCCAUCGAUAACUGCGUUGGCCUCUCUCUCAUUGUCGACUCUCUCGUUAGCAGUCUUGACAUCAUUAAGUGCCCCAAGUUCGCUGUGCAGAUCGACGGCACGGUCCCCACUUUGCUGAUGGACCAGGUUGAUGGUGCUGCCGUUUACCUUGGCCAGCAGAGCCUCAACACUGAGGUCUUCACUAGCAAGUGUUCUGCCAUCAACAUCAACCUUCCGCCUCCGGAGGGCACCGAUGGAGAUACCAAGGAGUGUCCUCUGCCCGAGCAGUUCAAGAGCUACAUCAAGAACGGCGUUCUGGUUAGCGAGAUCGUCGAGCAUGCUGGCUAG